UAUUUGCUGCUUUUCUACAUUCUGUCGAAACGUGUAAAGGACACUCGUUAGAACUCUAUCGGCUGUGGAUGCUAGAAGAAUCUGUAAAAAGCACUCGUUAGAACUCUGUUGGCUGUGGAUGCUAGAAGAAUUUAUCUCUACUGGAAUUAAUAUGGCAAAUGUUAUUAAGAAUAAUGUUCAAUCAAAGGAAUUGGACAUGCAACAAAAGACCUCUGAGAUUGCAUUGUCCAAGGAUCUAUUUAAUAAGCAAUUUAAUGCAUUGGAUAAAGUUUUGCAAGACGAUCUGAAUAUUUUAGACAAAGUAGACUAUGAUAUAUUUUAUGGAUCACAAAACUUGCAAAAUGUAUUGAAGAGAAACAAUUUCAACAAGGAAAGGAGAAGUUUGAUACCGAUUGUAAUACGAAUAUCACCACAAGUGGAAAGUGUGAGAAUAUUUUCAACAAAUUACAAGAAGGACAAAGCUCAAGUUCACAGAAAAUCACGGAAGAAGAAAAGGUUAAACAAAGAUAUGUCGGAAAAAUUUGAACAUAAUAUAGCACACACAAGUAGUAUAAUGGCAGGGAUGGUCGGUCUCUAUAUCGCGAUUAGCAAGUGGUUUAUGUGCAUCAACUUCCACGACUCGAUUAUUGUCGCGGAUUAUGGUAUAGUGAAGGCGGUUAAUUUCGCGGUUGAUGGCAUCUUUGGACACAUUCAUGGCACCGUUCGGCGGUAUCUGCAACAUGUUAACCUGACAUUCGUUUGA